AUGCUAUUGAUAACGACGGGAACGUACACUCACUCCUCGAUUCGACCUUCCUGUCAAGUCCACAAAUUGACACUGUCUUGAAGUCCCAAUGCUCAGGCACGCAUCCAAAGCAAGCCAUGUCGCUGGAGAUGAGCGGUGGCGCGCCAGAGACCAAGUAUUUGCGACUCUGAGUGACUGGGAGCGUCGCUGGAGGGAUCGACAGCCUUACCUACAAUCUCGUGGAUACAUGCUACGAUCUCGGUACCAUCCCGAAUGGAUCCCUUCGUGGAGAUUGACGAAGCAAAAAUUCAGGGAUUGCGAGGAUGCUAUCGAGGCUCCUUUGCGAGAGCAUCUCAUAGAUGCACGGCGAGUGUCUGAUGACACACCAGUGUACAUCAAGAGAGUUCAGACGGGGGAUAAUGAAAGCUGGAUAGCAACGCUGCUAUGCUCCGAAGCUAUUCGACGUGAUCCGAGCAAUCACUGCGUACCAAUCCUGGAUCUCUUCCAAGAUGACGAAGACCCGGGCACAUCAUAUAUGAUUAUGCCGUUUUUGCGACUCAUUGAUAGACCUGCGAUGAACGCUGUCGAAGAAGUGUGCGACUUUGUGGACCAAAUCCUCGAGGGUUUGGUUUUCAUGCACGGACAGGGUGUAGCACAUAGUGAUUGCACAUACAAGAACAUCAUGAUGGACGCCUCCGCUAUGUAUCCGCGUGGGGUCCAUCCCGUACACGAUCUCUUUCUCCCGGACGCAGUAACACCUGCUCGUCCCCUACCGCGAACCUCAGUCCCUGUGAGGUACUACUUCGUCGACUACGGCCUAUCUGUUCAUGUCCCGCCUGACGGACGAUCCGGACUAGUCCUCGGUACCCUAGGCAGGGAUCAAGACGUACCAGAGCUCUCAGACGAAGUCCCAUACGAUCCAUUCAAGGUUGAUGUGUUCAUAAUUGGGAAUCUGCUGCGCCGCAUGUUCUACGAUCAAUACUCGAACGUAAACUUCCUGUUACCAUUAUUCGAGUCCAUGGUAGAGAUUGAUCCUGUUCGCCGACCUAACGCGGAAGAGGCCCGCAAGCAAUGGCUCGCAAUUCGGCCCGGACUGCUUACUAUACACAGGAGAUGGAGGCUGCGACCGCGUCAGGAACCAUGGCCAGAGACGUUCAUAUAUGAGAUUGCUUCCUUAUAUUGUGUUAGUAGGUUCACUUUACCGACAGUUGCGCUUAUUGUACUCGUCUGCUGUUAUAUGGUAACGUAACCUUGGGGGUCGCCUAGUAGGCUCUGUACGGUAUUGUUCCUGAUCUGUUCCGCUUUGCUGAAAUGUGACGUGCAGAAGACAAGCUUGUCAUGCAUGCUCACAGCGAGAUUGUAUAACUUGGGCGCACUCUGUAGUUCCUUGUAUCUCGGUCCACAAUAAUCAGACUGGAGGGGGGC